AUGGACCUCUUUCGCUCCCAGCACAAGCUCAAGGUCCAUUUGGUGCAAUUGUUGUUGGCCAUUGUGAUCAUCGCUCUCUCCGUAGCCCGGCUAUUCCUGUCAGGACAAAAACCAAGGACCAGGGCUAGUACUAUGGGACUGGGAAUGGGUGCCAAAUCGCUCGUGAUUAUCCUCUACCAGCUCUUGACCGAACACGUUUCUCGCUUCCGACGAUGGGCAAGCCUGAAAGCAAAUCUCAUUCUCAAUUCGCUUGAGAUAGUAUUUUGGGCUGCUGUGGUGUUCCUUGUUUUGCAAGCAAAUCUCCAAGUCUGCGUGGGAACAAGCUGUGCCCUGGGAUGGGUGGUCAUAGUUCUGUCCGGAAAUAUGAGGUGA